AGCCGCGGCGGAGCAGAGGAGGCACCAUGGAGCGCAACAAGACCCGUCGGAGAGCCUCGCCGAGCGGACUGGGAGAGUGCCAGUUUCACAUCUGUCUCUAGGUCUGCUUUUGGUGACAGUGGGUGCAUUCCGGUUCCCCCGGCAGGUGGGCGUCGAGCUUGUGUCCAGCCGUGCGUAAUUUACCUGGAGAGGUCCGGGGAAGAAAGCAGUCUUGGAGUUACCAUCGGUGACCAAAGAGCGAGAGAAGAGUGAGGAAGGGGGGGAAAAAGUGGUGACGAGACAUGCUCUGUGUCAUUUUUUCCCCUCGCAUCGGGACAUUGCAUGUAGUUUCUGGAAAAAGGUUGCUGUUCCGCGCUGCGUAAAAUCUCCGAUAUCUCACACAUCAUAUGUCAUUGCAAGGAACAGUUACUUUUCUGUGAGGAAUAGUGGAGCUGAGAUUUCUACAAAGAAAGAAGCACUGGACUUCAAGUGAGACCCUUCUAGUUAACACUUAACCAUGGUGAAGUUUCAGAACUCAGAUCUAUGGAUAGCCUGGAUGGUUAUUUUCUGCAUGGAAGGUUCGAGGUUUGAUCUGCAGACAGGGAAAGUGUACGUACGGGCGCUGGACGUGACGGUGUCCCAGACCAGCAUCCAGGUGGCCCGGGGCCAAGCGGCCGUCCUUCCCUGCUCCUUCACCACCAGCGCUGCCCUCAACAACCUCAACAUCAUCUGGAUGGUGAUACCGCUGUCCAACGCAAACCGGCCAGAACAGGUGAUAAUUUACCAAGGUGGCCAGGUGUUCAGCUUCACCAACCAACUCCAUGGUCGUGUGGGCUUCGUGGCCACCAUGCCAAGCACAAGUGCCUCCAUCUUUAUCAACAACACCCAGUUGUCCGACACUGGGACGUACCAGUGCCUGGUCAACAACUUCCCGGACAGAGGGGGGCGGAACAUUGGUGUCAUUGGGCUCACGGUCUUGGUGCCCCCCUCGGUGCCGGCAUGUCGCAUCCAGGGCACGCUGGAUGUCGGCAGCGACAUCAUGCUGUUCUGCAGCUCGGAGGAAGGUAUUCCCACGCCGUCCUACUCCUGGGAGAAGCUGGACGCGCUGCCCAGGCUGCCGCACAACGCCAUGCAAGGUAUAACAAACAAGCUGGCCGUCGGAGUUCCCUUUUGCCCCACCUUUGCUGACCAGAUGCAGGGCACUGUCACUCUGAGAAAUAUCAGCACCAGCACCUCAGGACGCUACCAGUGCACUUCCAGCAACGCCAUUGGCAAAAGCACAUGUGUACUCAACGUGCAGGUUGUACCACCUCAGCCUCAGAGUGUGGGUCUGAUCGCAGGGACCAUCGCUACGGGAGUCCUGGCCGUCAUUAUCUGUGCCCUGUUGGUGGUGGUCACACUUUUCUACUGGAAGAACAAGAACAAGUACGAGGAGGAGGAGAUCCCCAACGAGAUCAGAGAGGAUGACCUUCCUCCAAAGAGGUCAUCAUCAGUGAAGGCUUUCCAUGCAGAUGCCUCAUCUUCGGAGAAUGACACGCUGACCUCCACCAACACUUACAACAGUCGCUACUGGCACAACCCCAAGACCAACUAUGACACCAACUCCUACACGCGCUACAACGGAGACACUCGCCAGACCUUCUCCGCUGCGACUGCCCCACAUGGAGCACACGGAGCGCACGGAGCACACGGAGCGCACGGAGCGCAUGGAGCGCACGGAGCGCACGGAGCUCAUGGUCACGGACAAACCCAGAACGCUCCGCAUAGCCACGGCCCGGCGGUCACAGCGCCAGGCUCCACCCCGCUGCCCCGACAUGCGCCGCCCAUAACGGCCACAGCGUUUGCCAACGGCAGCCACACGCUCCCACCGCCCAAGACUCUGGUAGUCACCACAAACUCUGCCCCCUCCCCUCCCGCCAUGGUGCGCAGCAACGGCUCUGUGAGCCUCAAGCCAGUGGUGACGUCGGCGCACGGGCAACACACACACUCGUACGCCGUGAGCCAGGCGACGCUGGAGCGGAUGGGGGCGGUGCCCGUCAUGGUGCCGGCACAGAGCAGAGCAGGCUCGCUGGUUUGAGAUCUGAUUUGACGAAUCAACCGCUUUGAUAACAAGACUAAAUGAGUGUUUGGUUUUGAAGUUUGAAAUCCAAUAUUGAAAACAUACUGCAUAUGGGCCGAAGCAGCCCGUUGCCCUUUACAGUUGUGUCUUUCUCCAUGUUUCUACCUUUUUAUCUUAAAACAUACUGGGAUUUUACAGUGCAGAGUUCAUUUAAUGCCAAUUCCUUGAUGGACAGGAUGCUGAUUUCUAAAGACAGGAGCUACAUGGUAUCCCUUUACUGAUGGAUUUUAUUCGGGUGGAUGCAGUGGGAACAAGUUUCCAAAUACUUGGAGUUGCACCGCUCAAAAUUGCUGAUUUUAUUCAGGGCUGGAUCUUUGCGAUGAUUGUUUGUGUGUGUAUGUGUGUGUGAGUGUGUGUGCGUGUGUGAAAGAGAGACUGUUUUUUUUUUCUCCUUUUUUUUCUCUGGACUCAAAGCAAGUAUUGUCAUCUCGGCGUGUCCAUUUGCAUGGUCAGACAGAAGCAAGCGUGCUUUCCCACAUUAAUGCAUGUGUCCUUUAAUUCAGGAUAACAAAAGAAGUCGGAUUUACUUCUAAUGAUUUCUUCUCAGUAUUUUUCUGUUUUGGAUUGACAGCAAUGGUAAACAAAAACAAGAAGGCUUAUGUAAUGAAAAAGUGAAUGUUGAAAUGUGGGCUUGCAGUAACCAAACGCAUGAAAGUGCAAGAAUGAAAGGACAACGGUUCAAAUGGCCUUAGAAGCUCAGAGUGGGAGGGGGUUAUUGGGUGCUUUACAUUGCUUAAUAUGCUUAACUGAAUGCAAGCAUUUUGUUUAUGUUUUUGCACUUUUCAAAGCAAACUGAUAUCAAAGCUACUGUCUUAUUUGGCAAAAGUCUUACUAAUCACAUGGUUCAAAAAGAAAACAUAAAUCAAACAAUUACACCUUUAAAAUACAAAACACUGCGAGUUUGAAGCCACUCUGUGUAGCAAUACCAGUUCUGACCACAUGGGGGCCGGAUAUCACAAGAAGGUUAAUGUGUCAGCCCUUGGACUAAAACAAUAAACAAUGGACGAACCAUUAGGUCACAUGACCCACUGGUUUAUGAAGAGCAGUUUUUCUUUGUACUGGGCCCAGCCGUGUUACUCGAGAAGCUGAUGGGAACGUGUCCACCGUACGUCAAUCAAAGUUAGCUUUGCUCCCAGCUCCUUUAACCGAAUCCCUGCCAAAACACCUACAGAGCUGCCGUCAGAAGUAAACAGCACGAUAUACCAUUUAACAUGUUGACUAGACUGCAAAAUCAAAAAUGACCGUUGCUUUUGACCAAGGCAGGGUUAAUACACACGGGUGGUUGCUUCGCUAAGCGUGGUAGUAUGA